AACGUGUUUGUUUUUAUAUCUAGUCUUAGUUUCAUAGUCAGUAUCCGAAAGUUAUCAAUCCCAGUAAAAGUGAAAUCAGUUCGACAGCGGUCUCAACAACUUACAGUUGGUAUAACGUAUUCUAACAUACAUAACAACCUGAUUCUCCUUCAUCCGAUAACCUAUCGAUCAUUUCCAGAAUUCUUCCACCGUUCGAUAACCGCAAGUCCAAAGCGUUCACCGGAACCGUUACGUUCUCCUUCGUGUGAAUCUUGUGAGUACACCAAUGCAGCCGUAGUCGAAGAACAGCUUCGACAGAUGCAGAAGCAGCUGAACGAAAUCAGUAUCAUCCCGAUGCAAAUUCAGGCAACGCUAAGCUACCUCACAAAAGUACUGGCCAAGUUUGCACCGCCGGAGUUGCAACAAGAGCUGCCAUCAUCGCUGCGAAGCAGUUCGGUGCGAGAAACAAUUCAGGAAGAAGUCGAGGAACAUCUCGAUCACGACGAAGAUGAAGAUUUGACCAGCUGUUUAGAGCUGUUGUUUGACGAAUCGCAAGUACUGGACGUAGUUCCUCCUAGGGAGUAUGAGUACGAGUAUUACUCGGAUGAUGAACCCGAGUAUGACAGUAAGGACGAGGAAACCGUGACCGAAGAGGAACGGCUGAAGCAAGAGAAACUUGAUCGUGUAACCAAAAUGGAACUAUCUUGGCCCUGGAGCCAGUCGGCUAAACCAAUUCAUAAGCGAUCAAACUGUCAUUUGGUACCGAGUGUGGCAUUGGAAAAAUCUAAAAUUAAGCAGCUAACAGAAGGCGAUUUGCAUUCUUUCAAUCGUGGCUACCGUCAGCGAAUUGGGAACUGAGUCCCAUUUUGGAAUGGAACUCAGAGACUUAUCAACUCAAUGGCGGAAUCGUUGCACCUCAUGAUAUUCACUGUACGAACAGCGGGUUGAACUUUAUUUCAUUUCACAAUGACUCAUGACAAAAAGAAUGCCCCUAGAUAACUGAUUUUGUAUGAAAUAAAAUGCUUUUAAGCUA